AUGUCUCUUCCCCGCCGCUUCUCCAUUUCCAUCAAUGGUAGGCCUAUCGGCAUGCCCAGAAGCAACCCCGAUGAACCAACUCAGGCAAAGGCUUGCGACAUGGGCGACGAGCCUGCCGUAUUUGAGAUUCAAGACCGGCACCUCGUCAGCGGCCCGUUUGCAAUGGGCCGUCACUGCAUGGAAGACCUCAGUCUUCGGCCCAAACGUGUCUUAUGGUGUCCCAGGGAACAGAUGGGCAUGUUGCGGCCUGUCGACGUUUUGGACAAUGGGAAUGGUCCUGAACUCGGUCUUAGUGGCGGCAAACUGGCGUACGAUAACGGGCAACUUGUAUGCCCGCUCAUCCCAGGGGGCCCGGAGCAGCGAGUUGAGAUCCUACCUAUGUAG